CCCCCCUCCACCUCCACCUCCCUCCCUCUCCGCACUUCCAUUUCCUCCCCACCACCUCAACCAGCCCGCCCGCCCUCCUCUACCGUUCUCCUCCGACGCCUCCCUCCCUCCGGUCUCCCGGACCAGCCGGUUGCUUCUCCUGCUCCGUCUGCCGUCCGGGACGCGGCGGCCGGGGUCACCGGAGGGGGUUCUUCGCUCUGCUCUCGCGGUGUUUGUCUGUUUGUGCGACAGCAUAGGUCCGGUGCUCCUUUGUGUCUGUCGGGGACUCUCGGUCUCGUCGUUAAUGCGUCGGUGCCUGUGACCGGGAGACCGAGGAGAAGGCGAGGGGACGGAGGAAGGAGCUGUUUGUUCGACGACGAGGGAUGUCAGGAAUGGAAGGGGACGAGGCGGGAGCUGCGGCUGCCGCGGCGGCGAGGAUAAGGGUGGUGCGCUGCCCCAAGUGCGACAAGUUCCUGCCGGAGCUGCCCGCCUACUCCGUCUACGUCUGCGGCGGAUGCGGCGCCACCCUCCAAGCAAAGAGAAAAAACUCGGCUCAAGCUUUGGAUUCCUCUGAUAAUGGAAAUAUGAAAUACCUGGAAGUACUGGAGAGUGUUCCAGAGACAUCUGAAGCAACAAUGGCUGGAGCUAGCAUUGAAUAUAAAUCAGUACCCAACAGAAUGCCACCUUUGCACAGUAGAUCAGUUUACAGCCGUGAUAAUAGUCGGAUUACAAGAGAGACAAGCACCUCAAGUGUCAAAGCUAACAUAAGAGAUGAUGUCAAGGAGGCCAAGUACAUGCGCUUUCGUAAUGUGGAAAAUGGAGAGAAUGCACAUCCUGUAAGAGCAAGAGGUGUAUCUGACAUAAGGUCAAGGUCACCAAUCGACAGUGUUCCACCCAAUGCAGUCCGAGGAGAAGGCCCUGCUGACCACCAUUUGAAGUCGAGGAACACAUAUUCCAACCGGGAGCAUGCCAAUGAUACAGACUUGGACGGUCCAAGCAGAGUCAGGGAUCUUGAGAAAGAUCGGGCCGAGCUGUUGAGGAUGCUUGAUGAGUUGAGAGACCAGGUGCAGCAAUCGUGUGAGGUGAAUGGGCCGGAUACAAGUGCUACAGUCAAUAGAGCAGCAGAUGCCUCAAGUUCAUACAAUAUUCAUGAACGGUCAAGUCAAUUUAGGCAUGAUCCAUCUCAAUUGCAUCGGAAGGGUACUCAUCACUCUUCAUCCAUGAAUAUGCGGAAUCCUAGCGUUCCACAUGUCUAUGGUCCAUUGCCUGCACAGCAAAACCUUCAUGGAUAUGUGGAGCCUAUUCCUCAUGCAAGAACCUCUAGCUAUCCUGCUGGCCCUUACCCAUGGAGAAAUUUCGAUAACUAUUUCUUUGGACAGCAUGAUCCUGACCCUCUCCUCUCUUGCCACCACGAAGGUUUCUACCACCAGGCUGCUUGUUCUUGCUCACAUUGCUACCACCGGGAGUUCUUGCCUGUACAGGGAACCCCCCUGGGUUUCAGUGACCAGAGGGCACCGUAUCUUGUGAACAGUUACGGAGCCUAUCCUGUGGAUGGUCCCUUGCUUGGUCAGCAAAGGUACAAUUCAAGAGGCGCUAAUCCUUCCUUGCAGCAGCAUAACCUGAGGGCCAACAUAAGCAAGAAGCCUGCACAAACUUGUGAGCCAAUUGCCGGUGGUGCUCCUUUCACCAUCUGCUACAACUGCUAUGAAGUACUGCAGCUACCGAACAAACGCUCCUUGUUGGGAAAGGAGUAUAAAUUGCGGUGUGGAUCAUGCUCACACACAAUUGUAAUCAAGCUUGAUGGAACCAGGCUUGAUGUAUCAGAACUUGUGCCAAGUGCACAUUUGUCUCCUGCACGGCAAAAUGGCAUUGGUGAUAACAUGGCAGACAACUUGCGUGCUACUGCUGAGGAUAGGUUACUUCCACCAUAUGCUUUUUCUGUAGCAAGCCAGCAAUCUCAGGAAAAGGAUAAACACUCAAAUUCAAGCGAAACAGACAGCAAGCAUACCCCUCUGGGGACUAAUUCUGAGGAUAGCCCUCAAUCCAGGGAUCUUCCUGCUGAAGACAAUGUGAUUUCCCGCACACCGAGUUUACCACGUCGUGAUAACUGUGGAUUCUCACCAUCUGAAGGUUCUGGAAUAGGAAGCAGAAGUACCCGUUCUGAACAUGAAAAGGUUGUACUGUUAACUGAAACUUGCAAGCAGAACUCAAUCAAAGAUGUGUGUGUAGCAAAUGAGACGCACUCGACAGACAACGAGUUUGAUGAUCCUGAUUACACAGAAGAUAUAUUAAAUGUACCACAAGAUCCUGGCCACACUAGGGCGACAAAGGUGGGUGAUUCAUUUUUCACCAAUCUUAUAAAAAAGAGCUUCAAAAUGAACAAUGGAACACGCAAUGGAAGAGCAAGGGUUUUUGUAAAUGGUUUCCCUAUCCCAGACCGUGCGGUCAGGAAGGCUGAGAAGCUAGCUGGACCAAUAUAUCCUGGUGAUUACUGGUAUGACUACCGUGCUGGGUUCUGGGGUGUUGUCGGUCAGCCCUGCCUUGGCAUGAUACCCCCUUAUAUUCCAGAGUUUAAUUACCCUAUGCCCAAGAAUUGUGGUGGUGGAAACACUGGCAUAUAUAUUAACGGAAGAGAACUCCACCAGAAGGAUUUGGAUUUACUUGUAUCUCGAGGACUCUCUGAUUCCCCUGAAAGAUCUUACAUAGUUGAAAAUUCUGGGAAAGUUACGGAUGAAGCAUCUGGCGAAGAGCUUUAUGGCCUUGGCAAGCUUGCACCAACCGUCGAGAAAUUGAGGCGCGGAUUCGGUAUGCGAGUCCCCAAAGUUAUCGUGACGGGCCAGCACGGUACAAUCAUAACCCACGGGUAAGCUCGGGGAUGAACCUGUGGUGUAGCUGCAUCCAAGAACAUAGAGAUAUGAAGAUCAAUGGUGGCAGAUCUGAUUUCCAGAAUUUGUUUUUUCAACUUCAGCCUAUGUGGAUGUGGCCUCCGAGUUCUUGUGCUUGUUGGAUUGUUUGUCUGAGGCCUCCUAUAGAGGCGUGCCUGUAAUUUUUCUACUACCUAGCUAGACGUUUUGAUUGAGAAGUUGGGUUGUUUUGUUUGUUUGCCUGUUACAUUUUCUUGACACACCAACCUUACCUACCUAAAGAUUUACUACCUUUCCAGUGUGA